UGCACAGCAUGGGCAGGGUUAGUGUAUAUCUGGUUGCCUACCUCAAAGUUCCUUCAACUGUUUUAAACAUCACUCUUGAUAAUAUAAGAAUUGUCGCUUUUUGUAUGCAUGUUAUAUAGGAGUAUAUGACAAUACUAAUGAUAAAUUGUGUUUUUCCUGCUGGCGCGGCUGAUGAGGGGGAGAAUUUCGACCGCCUGCAGACAAAUUAAUCUGGCGCGGGUCUAGGGAGCCGCCAGCAGCCUCCGGAGGCCUCCGGCGUAGCGUGACUCACACGACGCAUCGACUUUUCCACUCGCCAAAGAAAAAAACUCGCGUAACGCACGUACAACGACCCGAAAUUGAUGGCGUAUGGCGACAUGGCGACGGUCGCAGAGAAAACAUUAAUCAGCAGAGUCUAGCAUCAUAAUAGGCCAAUAAUGCACUGUGGAUAGUCGAAGACUAAGUUUUGUGUUACAAAACUUAUAGUUUCUCAUAAAAUCACAAAUUAAGUAGUGAAAAAUGACGAAACCGCCUAACGAAAACCUCCCAACGGUGAAACUCGUCGUCGUUGGCGAUGGCGGCGUGGGAAAGAGCGCCAUUACGAUACAAUUCUUUCAAAAACUCUUCGUCACCGAUUAUGAUCCGACGAUAGAAGACUCCUAUCUGCAACACGUCGAAGUUGAUGGCCAAUGGUGCAUACUAGACGUGUUAGAUACAGCUGGUCAAGAGGAAUUCAGCGCUAUGCGUGAACAAUACAUGCGCAAAGGCGACGGUUUCCUGCUUGUUUACUCCGUCACAGAUAAAAACAGCUACGAGAACAUCGUGCACUUUCACACGCAGAUCCUGCGCGUGAAAGAUCGCGAUGUUUAUCCCAUGCUGUUAGUCGCCAAUAAAGUCGAUUUGGUUCAUUUGCGGAAAGUGACAGAGGAACAAGGCAGAGAACUUGCGCAUAAGCUUGGUAUUCCGUACAUAGAAACCAGUGCAAAGGAUCCACCGCUUAAUAUCGACGCAACAUUUCAUGAGGUGGUGAGAAUCAUUCGUAAUCAGCCGCAGUCGAAGGAACGCCGACGUAACACACGCCUCAAGGACCUCAAAAAGAAGCUGCAGAAAUGCACGAUCAUCUAGUAAGCAUGCGCGUUUUUGCGCAACAAGUCAAGCCAAAGAAACAAUUUGACUGUCGGUCGGUUCACCGCGAAUCUAAACAGUAAGGUUAUAAGUGUGGUCAAUGUUUAAUACUAGUCGCUGAUGUGUAGAUGGCGCUGCGGUCGCGGGGUGUCAGGAUGCUCAAGGUUAAAACGUAAGUCAUAACCUAACUGCGUUUUGCAACUUUUUAAAAACACGAAACAACCAAACAUCGACCGACAAUAAGCAGUUUUGUUGCCAUGGUCGCAGAAACAAUUUCAAUCAAUUGCUCAUUCAUUUUCCACACAAAAGUAAAAAAUCAUCGAAAGCGAAGCAAAAAAACACUAAGUAUUAUUUAUCUUACGGUAGGCAAACCAAUAUACAACAACGCAUAAUUUUGUGAUUGAAGACAAGAGAAACAAAGAUAUUUCAUGUUAUAUAUUUAUUUAUAUAAUCUAUUAUGAUAUUUUAAGGUUAGAGCGUGUAGUGUGUACGUUUACCAAAGGCCUAACCAAAACGAAAACGAUACUUGUAUGUCAAAUGCAAAAAAUAUACGAAUCGUACCACAUAA